AUGAGUUUGGACUACGCGGAUAGCUCUGAAAAUGGGUCGAAAUCAUACCUGAGUCCGGAAACGGAUCAGGACGACGCCAGUAGUGUAUUUUCGACUGAUUCCGGGUAUUUGAUGGACCUUACAGAUCCGUCCGAUGAAAGCGAAACAAUUUUGCCCAAAACAGACUUCCACUCGCCUUACUACGUGAAUGUGCCGACUCCAAGCUACUCCGCAAUGGCAUCAGAUUUGUCGGAGGCAGGCCAGGAUCUGGCAACAGGUUACGUUCGCGAAUAUCCCACAGACAUUUUGCUCGACAGAUUUACAAAGUGGCGCAAAAUCCUUAAAGGAUUGGCCAACUAUCUGCGGGAAGUGGCUUACGCACAAGAGCGGUUUGCACGUAUUAACUACGGUCUGCGCACAAACGUCAAGUUUUCGUUUCUCACCGAUCUGGAAGAAUCCACAAAUAGGGUCGUGGAUCCCUUCCAGCAGCGUGCAAGAAGGCCCGGUCAAGCCCAAUCGAGCGCCAGUGGCUCAAGUGGCCCAGGCGGUCGGAGAGGCUCAGAAGACGACUCCGGGUACCAAAACUCUAACGCAUCUACACUUGAUUUUAAAGCCAGUGCUCCUGUGGCAUCCGGUGAUGAUUCGUCCGCGCCGUCCGGCUUCAUGAAGUUUGGAUCCGGAUCCAUCGAAGACGUCCAAGUCGUGCUUAAAAAAUACCACACAUCGAUGGGAAACCAGCAAAUCAAAAUGUCGAAAGAGUUGAGCGCAGUUGUAGUCCCCAAGCUUGACGAUUUACGCAAAGAUCUACAAGCUAAGAUAAAGGAGAUUAAAGAACUGCAUAACGAUUUCAAAACCAACAUAGGAGAACACAUCGCUCUGACCGGUCAAUUGCUACAAAAAUAUACAGCUGCUGUCAAGUUUAUGUCCACCAACGAUGAGAGUCCAACUGUUCUGAAAAUCAAGGGCCAAAAAUUGAAACCAAAACAUGACCCGUAUUUGUUGAAGUUGCAGCUAGAUCUCCAACUGAAGCGUCAGCUGUUGGAAGAAAACUACCUCCAAGAAGCUUACAUUAACUUGCAAUCAUCGGGUUUGGAACUUGAAAAAAUUAUUUAUGGGGAGAUUCAGCACACUUUGCAACGUUACUCCGCAUUGGUCAGCACCGAGGCACGCAUUUCCAUCAGUAACCUUUGCAAUGAACUGCAUCAAGGGCUACUGAGCAAACCUCCAGCAGUGGAAUGGGACCACAUGGUGGGUCAUCAUCCCAAAUGUUUGAUAAACUGGAGAUCAACAGAACCCAUACCACAGCCCAGAAAACUUUCGGACAUUCGAUACCCAAAAAUGAAGUCCUCAAUGGCUAAAUGCAUCAAAGCAGGUUAUUUGCUCAAGAAGUCACAGGUUUUGAAGAACUAUAACAAAGGCUACUACGUUUUAACGAGCAAUUAUCUUCAUGAGUUCAAAUCUAGCAACUUUUUUAAACUUUCUCAAGAAGGUUCCGAGAAAAAAGACCAUGGGGAAGUCCAGGCUGGUGGCAAGAAGAGGGGUAUGGUGCCUGUUGUAAGUCUGUAUUUGAACAGCGCAAAGGUCAUCGAAGCAACAGACAAUAAGUUCAGUGUUCGCGGAACCAUUUGGGCCAGUAAUUUCGACAAAAAGUCAACUGAGACUGGUAAAAUAAUUUCAAAGUCCACGUCUUCUAUUCAAAAGUUCUUGAAAAACAGUGCAAAAGGUCAAAUGCAUAAAAAAGAAGGCCAUCACAGUUCUGCUUCGGGAUCUGCAGCCUGGGACGCGGCAGAGAAGCAUGAGGGCUCUGAUGACGUUGCAGUCUGGGUUUUUAAGCCUGUUAGUUCUAGCGCAAAUCCUGAAGAUGCUAAAGACUUGAAAAAAUGGCUAUCAGAAGUCAAGAAUUUGAGUCAUUUCGAUAAUUCAAUCGAAAGAGCGAAAUUCAUUGAAGAAAAGAUCCUCCGCGCUCAUUCCCGUGCUAGUUCUGUGAACCUCCUUAAGAACACGAACGACGCCAAAGGGCAGGACAAACCCUCUCCAGGAAAAGCCUCACGCUCUCAAAACAAGCCUCAAUAUAUUCAUCUUGGCUCCCAGGAUUACCCCGAUUUGUCAUCGGCAAGGGCGAAGGUUAACACGCCUGCAAUUGAUGACAACGGCAAUCUGAUCUUAGCAGGCGAGGGCCGUCCUCCUUCUACUAAAAGCAAUUCUAGGGUCUCUUCACCUUUAGGACCAUCUAACGCGGAUUCGAGGUCUCCUAGCGCAGGUGGAAGUGGACGUGACACUCCAGAAGAUUCGGCCCUCUCGCCAAUGAAGCAAGGAAUCGCAAUUACCAGCAACGGGAUAACAGCCAUCGAUUCCACUGGCAGGCACACGCCACAGAAAGCAAGGACGCCCAGUGGAUUGUCAGGCGGUGUGACCCCUAGUGGUGCGAGCUCGGACGGUUCUGGAAAACUGCCAGUCAACUCUCCUGGCAGUCAUGCCAGCAGCGGGGGUGGAUAUUUCGCAAUUCCCGUGAGACCAACAUCUCAAAGCUCAACACCAGGAUUGGAUCCUGUUGCAGAACACACGGCUGGUGUGGAUCGAAACAAGGCCUCAGCUGUCCCACAGGUCAAACUGAACGAUCGUGAAUUCUCAGGCGAUAAAACGGAGAGGCAGCAAUCGCCACCGCUGCAGCAUCAAGCCAACAGCGAAAGGUCGGGCGAAAGAUCACCACCGGCGUCCAGAGUAGCCGAAACGGGUCCCAUCACCAGGGGUUCUCAAGUUCAUUUGCGUAAAAAUGCCAGCGGUGGAAAUCUGUCUGCUGCGAACGACGAGACUCCGCACAACGUGUAUACUAGCGUCAAAUCUGGUAACAGCUCACACAGUUUGACCCAUGGAGGGGUUCACAAUUUCAGAAAGCAUAAGAAGAACGUUUCCUUUGGCUCUUUGAAUAGUCUUUUAUUCUCCAAAAAGGGCGGGGACGUCAGUAAUAACAAUAUGACGGACUAUUUCAUGUCAGGGAACCGAAUUGAGGAGGGCAAUGAUCCUGACGCGAUCAAUGUGAACCAAUCAAUCUAUCGGAAUCGAACUCGCAGCCCUUGA